ACAGGGGUGGUCAGCAGGACUGACGCGGGAGCGGAUGUACGGAAAGGAUUUAAACUAACGGACAUAACGUUUUGACAGGAUGCGCUAAUAACCAGAGCAUCCCCCCAAUACAUGCAGUAUUGCAAACUGCAAAUAAAUGAAGCUGCGUGAUUGACCAGGAUAUAUUCGAGGAUAUAAGGUAGUGAAAGUGAUAUGGUAACCUGGUGAAGGUGAAGAAAAUACAUCUAAAGAAAGCAGAGAAUAGGCUACAUGAAUCGAAACAAAAUAUAUUCUUAGGACAGGAGAAGAGCCACUGGCAUUGUAGCCUAUCCAAGCUCAGCAUCUGGACACAUUAUACGUGGUUGCUCAUCUUCUACACAUGGAAGAGAGCCGAGAAAACCCGGAGCUUGUCACUUGGAGGGAGGAGUUGCAUCAUAUUUGACUGGUUAAUUAAUAGAAUGUAUUUUUGGUUUCAGCGGAGGUGUGGAGGUUUUCCCGCGGUUGUCUGCAGAAAUAGUGGCUCUCACCACCUCUACCUGACUGCAGGUAGCUCCUAGAGACGGGGCGGAUCUGUCCGUGUUCCCCGUUUGUUGGUGGAUGAACUUCAACAUCUAUUAUUAAUGAUUCGGGACCUGAGCAAGAUGUAUCCGCAGGCACGGCACCCGGUACCUCACCAGCCGGGCCAGCCCUUCAAGUUCACUGUGUCAGAGUCAUGUGACCGCAUUAAGGAGGAGUUUCAGUUCCUACAGGCUCAGUUUCACAGUCUGAAACUGGAGUGUGAGAAACUGUCCAGUGAGAAGACAGAGAUGCAGAGACACUAUGUUAUGUACUAUGAGAUGUCUUAUGGACUCAACAUUGAGAUGCACAAACAGGCGGAGAUGGUGAAGCGACUGAAUGCUAUCUGUGCCCAAGUCAUCCCGUUCCUUUCACUAGAGCACCAGCAGCAGGUGGUCCAGGCGGUGGAAAGAGCAAAACAGGUCACCAUGGCUGAACUAAACUCUAUCAUCGGGCAGCAGCAGCUCCAUGCCCAGCACCUGUGUCAUGGCCCUGCCCUCCCGGUGCCCCUCAUGACCCAACCUUCUGGGCACCAACCCCCUCAACCACCCCUACCCACCGCGGGCAGUGCCAACCUCCUGGCCCUCUCCUCUGCCCCCCUACCCACCGCAGGCAGCAGCAGCCUCCUGGCCCUCUCCUCCGCCCUCGCUGCCCAUCAGCUGCCCCUAAAGGAGGACAAAAAACACAAGGACAACACCGACAGAGGUAAACACUGA